AUGGGAGGCUUCUACAUGCAGUACCUCGAGAGUCUUUGCCGGCGACGAGGAUGGAACGACCCUUCCUACGAGUGUUACCGCGAUCACAGCGGCUACACCUGCUUGGUUCUAGUCAACGGACGGGAGUAUCAGACGGAUCUCGCGUAUCAAUCCGACUCGCUGGCCCAGGAGAACGCCGCCAUGCGUGCCUUCAUGGUGUGCCGCAACUUCUCCGUCAACGGCGGCAUGCUGGCCCGCAAUGGCAUCGUUCAGGGUCUUCCGGCCACUGAGCCUGCUCGCCGCUCCAAGAAGAGCCGCCACACUUCAUCCAGUCACAGCUCGCGAGACAGCCACCGUCGAUCAGGCCACCAUUCAAGCAGCAGCUCUACGGCCUCUUUCGACUAA